GUGACCGCCGCGUAGCCCCCGCCCCGCCCCGGGGAGCGGCACCCACGGCCUGAGACAGGGGUUAAAAUGAACGAAGACCGGAAGGGUAAUGUAAGCUGGCUGCCUCGAGACGCGGCGGAAGCCAGCGCGGCAGAGAACAUCUCGGCUGCGGCCUCCUCCCUGAUUCCUGUCAUAGAUCCCGAGCCCGAGCUCGUAGUAAACCCCUGGGACAUUGUUUUGUGUACUUCAGGAACCCUUAUUUCAUGCGAAAAUGCCAUUGUGGUUCUUAUUAUUUUCCAUAACCCCAGUCUCCGCGCCCCUAUGUUCCUCCUGAUUGGCAGCUUGGCGCUUGCCGACCUCUUAGCAGGAAUUGGAUUGAUCGUCAAUUUUAUUUUUGCCUAUCUUCUCCAGUCAGAAGCUACAAAACUGGUCACGAUUGGACUGAUUGUUGCCUCUUUCUCUGCCUCUGUCUGCAGCUUGCUGGCUAUUACUGUUGAUCGUUACCUCUCGCUGUAUUAUGCUUUGACUUAUAAUUCAGAAAGGACUGUCACUUUUACCUAUGUCAUGCUCAUUUUGCUCUGGGGAGCAUCUAUUUGUAUUGGACUGCUGCCUGUAAUGGGCUGGAACUGCCUCAAAGAUGAAUCCACCUGCAGUGUUAUCAGACCACUCACUAAAAAUAACGCAGCUAUCCUUUCAGUCUCUUUCUUGCUUAUGUUUGCCCUCAUGCUACAGCUCUACAUCCAAAUCUGUAAGAUCGUGAUGCGCCAUGCUCAUCAGAUUGCCUUGCAACACCAUUUCCUGGCCACAUCUCACUAUGUGACCACCCGAAAAGGAGUGUCUACUUUGGCCAUUAUUUUGGGGACCUUUGCUGCUUGCUGGAUGCCUUUCACUCUCUAUUCUCUAAUAGCAGAUUACACAUACCCUUCUAUAUAUACCUAUGCCACUCUCCUGCCAGCCACCUACAAUUCCAUCAUCAAUCCUGUAAUAUACGCUUUUAGAAACCAAGAGAUACAAAAAGCACUUUGGCUCAUCUGCUGUGGCUGCAUUCCUCCUAAUCUGUCUCAAAGAGCAAGAUCACCCAGUGAUGUUUGACUAACAGCUAGGAGGACAUUAUUUUACAUUUUAUUUUUCACACAUUCCUGCAACACAGUCUUUGGUUUAGAUUCAUUCAUUAAACUCUACAUAUUGGAUUCAUAGUCAAGCCACAGGAUGCACUGACCAUUUUGUAAAAAGAAACCACAUUGACCAAAAUGAGUGAAGUGGUUUAAGGAAGAUUUUCAGAAUCAAAAUAAUCAGUGUUCUUGCAGGUUUCUAAUGUCACUCAGGUUCUUUUGCUGUGGUACAGGUCAUCUA